GGAAAGGUGCCUCAGAGAUUGUGCUCCACAUGUGCCAGAACUAUUUUGAUGCAGAUGCCGGGAAGACCAUGUCAUUGUCCAAGCAGAAGACAACUGAACUUCUGGAGAUCAUUGAAAGAAUGGCAACGCAAUCACUGCGAACAUUGGUGCUCGCAUAUACUCAUGUCACGAGUAAUGCGCCAUUAACGCAAGUGCGGGCGGAAGAUUGGAAUGUUCCCACGGAGGAGUUAACCUGCCUGGCCAUCCUAGGAAUUAAGGACCCUCCCAGACCUGGCGUCGAGCAGGCUGUCAAAUUGUGUCAGAAAGCAGGAGUGAGGGUUCGGAUGGUAACUGGAGACAACGCAAUCACAGCAAAGGCAAUAGCAACGGAAUGCGGAAUAUACAACGAAGGUGGUGCAUGGAAAGUUGUGGAAGGUAGCACUUUUAGGAGGCUCUCGCCCGAGGAGAAAAGGGAGCAGGUCAAUCAUAUUGCUGUGAUGGCCCGAUCUUCUCCUACGGACAAACUUGAAUUGGUAAAGGCGCUGCGAGAAAACGGGGAGGUGGUUGCCGUGACGGGCGACGGAACAAAUGAUGCUCCGGCUCUGCAUGAGGCAGAUAUUGGCCUUGCCAUGGGGAUAGCCGGCACGGAAGUGGCGAAGGAGAGUGCAGACAUCGUGAUCCUGGACGACAACUUUGCCUCUAUCGUAAAGGUGGUCCGCUGGGGGCGGUCAGUGUUUGCCAAUAUCCAAAAGUUUAUCCAGUUCCAGCUGACAAUUAACAUUGCGGCCCUCUCAAUCAACUUUAUAUCAGUCUGUGAAGGGAGUCCCAUUCCUUUGACGACUGUCCAGAUGUUCCGAAGGACCAACAGCGCACAAAUCUCCUGAAAAUUGUUAAGAAAAUGGAAACGCUCCUUAGAUUCCUUCUGACGUCGGUUUCUGCAUUAGACUGUACAUGCCAUAGAGUCUCCUUCUUGUUCUUCUUCUUCUUCUUCUUUUUUUUUUUUUUUUUUUUUUAACAGGGCCUUAUGGUCCUGGCUCCUUUCCAUUCUGGGGAGUGACAGUCCGGUUCCUAUUCCACCGGCAAGUCAGAAUAGAUAUUACAAUACACAUAAACCACCCACACUUCCUUCCGUCUGGCCGAAGGACCCCUGAUCAGCAUUGAUUGCUCCACCUUGAUGGAGGAUUGACUGUCAGCUUGUCGUGCCUCGCUCUUUCCUCUCAGAUCAGAUAACCAGAUCUGUCAGAUAAAUCACUGCCACCUAG